AUGGCCAUCAAAUUUGGAGAGCGACCAGUCUGGCCUUCAUCAGCGGAGACGAUAAAUAGCAAGACGUUUAUCGACAUCAUAAAGGGUGUCUUCGGUUACAACGGCAUUCAGCGACGUCGAAUGGACACCGUAAUGUUGCAGGAUAAUGCCCCUGUUCACCGCUCAAAGGAGGCAUGAUUCCAAUUCAACUUACGACCAUAAUCUGAUAUCUUAGGCCACAGCCAGCUUUUCCGCCUGCGGCCUUCGAAACAUCUUUAUUCGCGCCAAUCUCCCGGACCUAAAUCUAAUCGAAUAUUUUUUUGCAUAA